AUGAUGCGAGUACUCGAGGCCAACGCGCCUCCCAAGCAGACUGCCACGGAUACUAUCAGCACGCUGAGCGGGCGCCUGACCAGCGCAACCCUCCUCGAAGAUCGCCGCGCUGCCAUUCUCGGCCUCCGUAGUUUUGCAAAAGAAUACCCCGCCUCAGUCGCAUCAGGAGCGCUGCGGGGACUCAUCACGUCUCUUACCAAAGAUGGCGACGAUGUGGACACGCUCAAGGUGGUGCUUGAGACACUGCUCAUGCUCUUCCACCCCGAUGAGAACAGCCCAGAAGCCUCCGAGGAAAUAGCCCUAUGGUUGGCCGACCAAUUCUCUCAACGACAAGACAACAUCACUUUGCUCGUCGACCUCCUGGAGAAGCCAGAUUUUUAUUCCCGCCUUUACUCGCUGCAGCUGAUUCGCGCCAUCUCGCAAGCACGACCCCAACGAACCCAAGAAUGUGUCCUCACAGCCCCCGGCGGCAUCGAACGACUCGUCGCAACCCUCGAUGAUCCACGAGAUGCCAUUCGCAACGAAAGUCUCAUUGUACUUAACGACUUAGCGCGCUCCUCGACUGAACUCCAAAAGCUGUUUGUUUUUGAGGAUGCCUUUACUAAGAUAUUCAACCUGAUACAUGCCGACGGCGGGCUCACACAGGGUGGCGUUGUGGUCCAGGAUUGUCUGAGUUUGCUAGCCACUCUCAUUCGCUUCAAUGUAUCCAACCAGACCAACAUUCGAGAGAUGGGUCAUGUCGCACGAUUCUCUGCACUACUUCCUGGGGGAAAGAAGCCAAAAAAGGCACGUCCCACCGUAGAAGGCGAGGAUGACUGGGUUAGUCCGCAAAACGAUAAGAACGUUUGGGGUCUGCUUGCCAUCAUGCGCAUGUUCCUCGUCAAAGGGAGUCCAGGUACACUGCAAAACCAAAAUGUUUUUCAACAACAUGGCCUUGUCCGCCAGCUUCUCAAUAUUGCUUUCGAUCCUGCAACUGCAAUGCCCAUCAAAAUCGAGGCUCUCAACACUUGCGCCGACCUCAUCAGAGGCAAUGCCAGGCUACAAGAAGGUUUUGCCCAAGAGCAGGUUCGGCCCAUUGUUGAACCUGUCACGAAUGGUGUGGCUUCUCCAAACGGCACCGCGCAGGUAUAUGUUAUCGAAGCGCUACUCAACCUUGUGCUCUCCCCUGCAUCCAACGACCUUUUUGAUUUGCGCAAUGCAGGAUGCGAGUGUAUCAAGGCCUAUUUUUACAAUCACGUGCAGAUCCAGGAACAUUUCCUUAACCGAGCCAUCGGUGGACACGAAGGUGGUGAUGAGACAGCGAAUGCGCUGACUAUACUGAUGGCGGGUUCGCAGGUUCCUCCAACUGGCGACCCCUACAGGAUUUGGUUUGCAGCAACCCUCAUGUACCAUCUCAUUUUUGAUGAUUACCAAGCAAAGAAUACACUGAUGCAAGUCAAAGAAGGCGAUGCGGAAAGUGGCGAGGAAGUCGUCACAUGUAUACAGACGUUGACUGCAAACCUGAUUGCAAGUCUACAGCUCGGCGAAGACGAGCGCAUCUCCGUCGCCUACCUGAUGCUCUUGCUAGGCUGGCUUUUCGAGGACGCCUCGGCAGUAGAUGACUUCUUAGCAGAAGCCAGCAGUUUACAAAGUCUAGUCCAAGCCGUAUUGACACCGGGAGAGGACCGUGUCUUGAUUAGGGGUCUGUGUGCAGCACUGUUGGGUGUUGUGUAUGAGUUCUCAACAAGGGAUUCACCAGUGCCGCGACGCGAACUCCAGCCAAUACUCACUUCGAAGCUUGGCCGCGACAAGUACCUUGACGCCAUCACGGGGCUGCGACACCAUCCUCUUGUGCGCGACUUCGAGGUAUUACCCCGCAAUGGCGGAGGUGGCAGCAGUUUACCUGAUGUGUUCUUCGACGAGACCUUUAUAGACUUUUUGAAAGACAAUUUUAGUCGCUUGUCGCGAGCGAUUGACCGAAAUCCGAAUAUUGAGCAGCAUCAGUCGCAUGAUGGCGUUGAUCGAGACGUAGUUGAUGCGCUACGUGGCGAAAGAGAUGAAAAGGAGCAGAUCAUCCAAGAGCUUCAGGCACAACUCAUGACCCUGGAGCAAAAAAUAAACAAUGAGCAAGCCGAGCAUCGCAAGACGCAGCAAGCAGCAGAAGAGCAAAGAAAUACGCUAAAACGCAUCAAUGACAAAUUGCACGACGACCUCGACAAGGAAAUCGCGAACAAAGAUCGCGAGCACCGACAAACCAUACUUGAGACGGAGAAUAGGUACAACCUUCAAAUCGUUGCGCUCAAUAACAAGUUACAACAAGCUACCAAAGAUGCAAACAUUGCCGUCGCAAAGGUCAAGCAAGAAUAUGACGGGAAACUGCUCGAUGCAAACAGGAUACGAGCUGAGCUGGAAAGUCGACUGGGUGCCUCAGACAAAGCUCUGCAAGAGGCUUCGGAGAAGAUUCGUAGCCUUGAGCAAUCACUGAACCAGGCACGUGAUGAAGUGGCUACUAUCACGGAAACCCUGCGUAAUGCGCAAUCGCAAGCACAAAAGAGUGAGGAUGAGAUCAAGAAGCUCAAGGAGGAAAAGGAAGCACAGAUCAAGAAAUUAGAGGACGAAAAGGAGGUGCAGGUCAAGCGACUCGAGGAAGAAAAAGAGGCAGCCCUCGAGCAAUUCAAAUCAGAAAAGGACGCCCUACAGUCGAGCGUCGACAAACUCAACAAAGAGAACCAAGAUCUCAAAACCAAAGUACAAGACCAAACAUGGAAGGUCAAAGACGCAGAGGAGAAGCUGCGUAAAGCUGAGUCGGGCGCGAAGUCGACAAAGGAGAAGGAAAUCAAAGAGCUGCAAGAGAAGCUACGUAAAGCCCAAGAGAACGAGAAGGAGAAGACGACCGAGUUGGAGGAUCUCAUCAUGGUACUCAGUGAUCUUGAGGAAAAGAGGAGCAAAGACAAGGAACGUCUCAAAGCUCUUGGGCAAGAAGUAUCUGACGACGAAGAGGAUGAUGACGACGAUGAUGACGAUGAAGAAGACGAAGACGAACAGGAAGACAGUGACGAGGAUGAUGAAGAGGAAGAGAAGAAGAAAUAG